AGGUUGGCAAGGAAAUGCAAAUCAAAAAUCUCUGACAGCGGAAAGUGCUGCCAAAAGGCGAGGACUAAACGGUCGCGUGUAUAUGUUUCACUUUUCGUGAAUUUUGAGUUAUCCGGUCUCCUGUCGUACCCUACCGAAAGCAGACAUGGAGGAAAUGGUGAUAUGGGAGCAGCACACUGUGACGCUGAUCAAGGAUCCGAAGGUGGGUUUCGGGAUCGCCAUCUCCGGAGGCCGGGACAAGCCCAGCCCGGACAGCGGGGACACCAUCGUGAUUUCGGACAUCGUCCGGAACGGGCCCGCCACGGGGAGGCUACAAAUCCGGGAUCAUGUCGUCAUGGUGAACGGCGUUUCCAUGGAAAACGUCACCUCUGGCUUCACCAUUCAGCACCUCAAGACCUGUGGCAAGGCCGCCAACAUUACGGUGAAGAGGCCCCGUAAGAUGCACAUCCCCCCCAGCACACGGCCGACCCGCUCCGCCUCCCACUCCAACCUCCUGAGUGACGACCCCCCGGGGCGGCGGCCCCGGCGCCUGUCAGACUCGGGCAGCGACCACUACAGGCGGCGCAGCCGGCACAGCCUGGGCUCCAGCCCCGAGCGCAACGGCCACGCCCUGCCGCUCAUGUCCGGCUUCAAACACCUGCCCCGGCAGGAGGGCCCCAGCAAGCCCAUCAGGGCCACGCUGCUGAAGAAACGCCUGACCGACGAGUACGGCCUGAAGCUGGGCAGCCAGAUCUUCAUCAAACACAUGACGGACAGCGGCUUGGCCGCCAAAGAGGGCACCUUGCAGGAGGGAGACCUCGUCCUGAAGAUCAACGGCAUGACCACGGAGAACCUCUCCCUGCUGGAGACCAAGCACCUGGUGGAGAAGUCCCGGGGCAAGCUCACCAUGCUGGUCCUGAGGGACGACCGCAAGUUCCUGGUCAGCAUCCCCGAGAUCGUCGACAGCGACCCCAACAGCGAGGAGGACCGGCGCGGGAACAGCAGCUCGGAGCUCGAGGACAUUUCUGAUUUGGAUUCGGAGCUCCGCGCUCCCGUCAGAACCUCCCGCUCGGAAACCAGGGAGCGACGCACGCGCAGACACCAUCGAGCAGAAGCGUCUCUCCCGGCUCGUGAAUCUCCGCCGUUACGCUCCACUCUGACCCGGCCCCCCGCGCACUCUCAGCCCCGGGCGCCCCGCAGAGCACCUUCAGAUUCGGAGUCCGAUCGCAGCCCCUCGCCCCGGCCCCCCCGGGACAGUCCUGACAUGAGGGACAACAGGAGCAAAUAUGGAACCCUCUCCGGCAUCGCCCUGCCCAACCCCCGAUCCUCUCCCGUCUCCCGCAGCCUGGACUCCUGGGCCCCGGCCCGCCCCACCUCCACCGCCUCGCGACCGCGGAAAGCGGUUUCGGAGUCUGACUCAGACCGGAGCGCCUCGCCCCCUCCUCGACGGGACAGUCCCAAGGCCGACAACCACUCCAGAUACAGAGUCCUGCCUGACAUGCCUCACCCCGGGCUCCGGGCCUCCCCCCUCCAGGACUUGCCCCGCCGAGGCCCCUCCCCCAUGAGACCCCCGCCCAAAGACGACUCGGAGACCGAUUCGGACAGCAGCUCCGGGCACCCCCGCCGGCACGGCACCCCGGCCAGCCAGGACUCCAGGACCCGAUACAGAUCCACCCUUGAGAGGGCUCAGAAAUCCCCAUCUGUGGAGCCCCCACGAUGGGUUCCCCCCACAGCGAGCGUCUCUCGCCAGAGCAGGGGACCUUCAGAAUCAGGGUCAGAGGUCAGCAACGAGUCCCUCACCAGACCUGCUACUUCAAGCAGGAGGGAUUCCAGAGACUCGGCAGAAAGAGUCAGAGUUCUCCCUGAGAUGCGGUCCUCCCCCCUGCUUCUGAAACAGGAAUCCUCGCGAAGAGGCAGCACGCCUGCCAGGCCCCCCUCUGAUGACUCUUCAGCGUCCGACCGCGUCCCCUCUCCGCCCAGACGGCAUGGGAGCGCAGAUUUUGAGCGCACCCCCAGUUAUUCUAACUCUGUCAACGGCACCCUCCGCUCCGGAGUUUCCGUAGGAAGAAAACCUGUUGGGCCCCCUCCCCCUAAAGAGGAGCCUCUUUACUCUUUACCACCGGACUCCCCCACGUACACCACCACUAGCGUCGGGUACAGCUCGGACCAGAACAAGGUGCGGUUCCUGAAGGAGGGCAGCGUGGGAUUGCGCCUGGUGGGCGGAAACGACGUGGGCAUUUUCGUGGGAGGAGUGCAGCCGAACAGUCCGGCCCAGCUGCAGGGCAUGAGAGAGGGAGAUCAGAUCAUGAAGGUGAACGACGUGGACUUCGGCCAUUUCACCCGCGAGGAAGCCGCCAUGUUCCUGCUGAACGUGCGCCGGGGGGAGACGGUGGAAAUCACCACCCAGAACAAGAAGGACAUUUACAGGAAGAUAAUGAAGUCGGGGCUGGGCGACUCGUUCUACAUCCGGACGCACUUCGACCACGAGGCCGAGGGGAACAAGGGCCUGAGCUUCACCCGGGGCGAGGUGUUCCGCGUGCUGGACACCAUGUACCGCGGGAAGCUGGGCAACUGGCUCGGCGUGCGCAUGGGCAACGACCUCCACGAGCUCGACCGCGGCACCGUGCCCAACCAGUCCAGGGCAGAGACCUUGGCAAGCAUAGAGCAGACCCAGAGGGCCGGCGUUACUGAGAAGCAGCCCUCCGGACCCAGGGCAGAGUUCUGGAAGCUACGGGGUCUCAGAGGGGCCAAGAAGAACAUCCGCAAGAGCCGCGACGACCUCCUUCAGCUGACCAUCCAGGGGAAGUACCCAGCCUACGAACGGGUGCUCCUGAGAGAAGCGAGCUUUAAGCGGCCCAUUGUCAUUCUGGGCCCUCUCAACGACGUCGCCAUGGAGAAGCUGGCCAGGGAAAUGCCCAAUGAGUUUGAGGUGGCAGAUAUGGUCCCUCGUAGCGGUGGAGAAGGCUCCUCCUCCUCCGUCAUCAAGCUGGACACUGUGAGGAGGAUCUCCGAGCAGGACAAGCAUCCGCUGCUGGACAUCACGCCCACCGCCAUCGAGCGGCUGGACUACAUCCAGUACCACCCGCUGGUGCUGUUCCUGGACCCGCACAGCCGCAAGGACGUGAAGACCAUGAGGCAGCGCCUCUGCCCCGACUCCAACAAGAGCUCCCGCCGCCUCUACGCGCAGGCCCUCAAAUUGAGGAAGUACUAUAGCCACAUCUUCGCUGGGUGCAUUGACCUCCAGCCCAGCUCCUAUGUGUGGUAUAAUGUUCUUAAGGACAAAAUCCGGGAACAGCAAGCCAAGCCAGUCUGGGUGUCAGAAGUCACGCUGGAGGGCGGCGGAGAUGAGGAGCUGGACGCUCUGAACCGCAUGGAGUCCACAGACUACCUGAGCUGCGACAGCCGGGCCAACAGCGACUACGAGGACACGGACGGCGAGCCCUACACGGACGGGGAGCCCUACACGGACAACGAGGACCUGGAGGAGUCCUACGAGACCCGGGACCGGAAACCGAGCAGCCGGCACGCGGGCGCCGCCCUGGCCCGCUCCUCCGAGCCCGCCCUGGAGUCCGAGAGCCCGGAGCCGCGGCCCGACUCCCGCCGCGCGGACUCGUACGACGAGGAGCCGCCCGCCCGCGAGAUCCCGCCCAUCAUGCACGUGCCCACGCCGCCGCCCGCCAACGCCCGCUACGCCCCCGACAGCCCCCUGCCCGCCGCCGAGGCGCCCUCCUCCCACAGCUUCUCCGACUCCCGCUCUGACAUCAGCGCCACGGACCCCGCCGUCCCGGCUUCGCCCUACGAGGCGCCGCCCGACUUCCGCGCCCCGGACCCCCCCGCCAAGAACUCGUACUCUGAGCCCAUCGCGGCUGAAGCGCUCCCGGAAGUCACCGAGCCGGUCACACUGAAUGACAUCGAGGAGAAACUCCAGCAGACUCGAAUGGCUGAGCCCCAGGAGAGGCCUGCACCGCUGAUUGUGUUCGCCCACCAUCACGCCGUGCAGAUCAGACGCUCUCAGAUCCACGGCAGCGACAGCUCGGCCGACGGCGAUGAAUCUGAUGACAUGGAGUGGGGCCCGGCCACCGAACUCUAGAGCUGCGCUCUUCCACCGCCGAAAAAAACCGGGACUCUACCCACCCGGGACCCGUCUCCAAACACGAGGACCCUCGCAAAUCUACAGGUCUAUGGAGUGUUGUUUUUUUUUGGAGCCCUGGAGUAACCUUCGGUCCUUGGGGAUUACCUAUUACGAGAGAUUUGAAUCACAACGGCAUUUGGCCUUCAGAUGUCUUUUGGUUCCUGUUCCAGUAUCUUAACCACGACCGAUGGAGACCUUCACCAAGCUAAAAGGCCCGAGCUAGGAGCGAAAAACAGGACUUGUUGAUCAAUAAUCCAGAGGCUCUCAACAGCUAACUACAGUGAAUGUAUCAUUUUACUGUAUUUUUAAUGAACACAUUUUCUUAUUUUGUAAUAUCAAAUCUAAGAUACUGUGAGGAUUUUUACCGGCAAAGGCAAGUUGAUGCAAGCUGUAAGAGGAUUUGAGAACUGCUGAUGCUGAGCUACUAUUUUCAGCUGUUUAUGUUUUCUACAGAAACAUGACUUUCAUGUUUCUGCGGAAAUGUGUUUUUGAAAAUUUACUGUUGGCUCGACUAUAUCUGGCCAUAGUACCUUUGACCUGAUAUCAAAAUUUACAUCCAGUUAUAGAAGUUUGGGUACAAUAACAAAUGGUUGCUCAUUUCAGUGUUAUUGUGACCGCACCGUAUGUCCAAUACGUCCACCUCCUUUUAGACUCCUUUUUCCAGUCUUAAUACUGUCACUGCUUUGUCUUAGAUUAAUUUUUCACCGAAAUUGAAAGUGAAAGCAUUUUCAAAUAUCCUGCCAGUAUUGUUAUGAACAGAUAUUCAAAGGGCAACUUGACUUUAAAAUGUAAAAUCAAAUAAGGACAUUGGACUCCCGUUUGUUUAUUGAAAAUGCCACCAAAUGAAAAUGUUGAAAACAAUCUCAUGUGUAUGCGAUUCAGAAGACGUUUUUGAUAAUGACAUUUUCCAACUGUCAGAAAUCUUACUUACAGAAAUCUUAUUCCCGCAAACUAAUAUAUUUUUAAUUGGAUGGAAUGUUUUAUGUGACAAGCUUAAUAAACUUUUUUUUCCAAGAA